AUGGCUGAAUGUAAUUUAUUGCGAGAUGACUUUAAGAAUAAUGUAUUUGCUGUUUCAUUCGAUUUUUACACUCCAAGACCACACUUUAUGAUUUUACCUAAAAACAUCGAAAGUAUUGAUCCGGAAUUUAGUCGAAUGACAAACGAGCAGACACGGCAGCUCAUCGAAGUGGGAAUAUCUGCACUGGCAAGCUUUCGAAUACGCGGUGGCAUUUUAUCUAUACAUCGCGGAUCAUGGAAGGACAAGAAAUCGAGAAAUAGAUUUCUAGUUCAUCUUUGCGUUGACGUUGGAAUUUAUUUGGAGGUUUUUGAACGGCGAAAGAAAGCUAUUCCUAACUGGCCCAGUGUUGUGUAUGUCACAAAGCAAUGGAAAUGGAACAAAGACCCGAGGUCUUACGCGCAAAAUGUCCGGGGGUAUCCUUACACCAGUUAUUUCAAGGAAGAAGUGGCCGCUAUUAUACAUUUGAUACAAGCCAAGAGUUCGUCUGAUGAACCAGGCAAGUGUGUUCCCCAAUCUUCACUCAGAGGCGGCAUAACCCAGAUAGUCUAUCACGCAAGACAUCCAAAGAUUGGCUUUGUUGGCAAGAAAACUGACUCAGAAGUUGAAGAGUUGCAAAAAGUACUUUUGGCGAUGGAGGAAUUUGCCAGAGUACACGGUUUGACAAACUUGGAAUCUAAUCACGAGAGCGAUGGCUGUCAUCUUUGCUUGCAUUUGGGUUCAGGUACAUAUAUAUACCGGUCAAUUUUCAUAUUUAGUAAUUAUCUUAAUCCCAACCUUAAUCCUAAGAUUAAUCCUGAUCUUUCCUCCAGUUCAAUAUAUGCGGCAUCAAAUAUUUUUUAUUUUCAGGUACAGAUAUAUACCAGUCAAUUUUCAUAUUAAUUAUCUUAAUCCCAACCUUAAUCCUAAGUAUAAUCCUGAUCUUUCCUCCAAUUCAAUAUAUAUGCGGCAUCAAAUAUUUUUUAUUUUCAGAUACAUAUAUAUACCGGUCAAUUUUCAUAUUGAUUAUCUUAAUCCCAACCUUAAUCCUAAGAUUAAUCCUGAUCUUUCCUCCAAUUCAAUAUAUAUGCGGCAUCAAAUAUUUUUUUAUUUUAAAAUAAUUUUGUAUUUUUUCCUCCAGUCACAACAGAAGAUUGGAAUUUCACAAGAAAGACUGGGGAAGAUGUUCUAGGAUACAUCGUGACUACCGGGCCUCGUUUUUACCAACUAUGUCCUGUGUCACUUCGAGAGGAUUGGUUCACUGCUUUCCAACAAUCCAGUUUUAAAUGUUUGACUUAA